AUGUCUCACAGUCAUGGAAACGCUUCGUCGGCGAACGAUCCACGUCAACCUUCGAUGGCGAAACCUUACACUCCGCGACCAGUUGCGCCGGAGGAUCUUCCCGUUGACUACUCUGGAUUCAUCGCCGUUAUCCUCGGCGUAACCGGCGUUAUGUUCAGGUACAAGAUCUGUUCGUGGCUUGCAAUUAUAUUCUGUGCACAGUCUUUGGCCAACAUGAGGAACUUGGAGAAUGAUUUGAAGCAGAUCUCCAUGGCUAUGAUGUUUGCUAUAAUGGGAUUGGUCACAAACUACUUAGGUCCUAACAGACCCGCAACAAAGAAAUAA